AAGCAGUAAUUUUGGGUACAGCAUUUCAUUCGAGUCAUAUACAUAUAUAGAGAAAGAUGGAUAUAGAUUGCAGGAAAUGAAGGGUAUCUGAUGAGGUGCUGAGUCAGUCAGAGGACCUACUUCUCGCCUGCAUUAAAUUAUUGCACGUCGGCUCUGCAGAAUCCCGAUGUUACUUCUUUUCUUCCUUGUUUUUACCCCCACUGAUCAUGAUCUUUCUUGUUUUCUUACUUCAAUGUUCUUCCUCUCCUUCCAAACACUUCAAUUCCCCAUAUAUAUGCAGAGGCCGGGAGACACACUAGAAAGCUAGAGAUCAGGCUGAGCUCUUGAAGUCGAGUACGCCAUUGCUUGCAUAUCAUUUCUGCUACCAGCUUGUACUUUGAUAAUAAGCAUCGAUCGUCGUUACAGAAAUGGGCGAAGAAAACAAAGAACAGGAGAAGAAAGAAGAAAUAAGCAGCACAGAAGAGAAGCAGGUCGCCGGGGAAGAGAAAAUGAUAGAGGAUCAGCCACAGGAGAUUGUGCUCAAGGUUGAUAUGCAUUGUGUGGCCUGUGCGAGGAAAGUGGCAAGAGCCUUGAAAGGAUUUGCAGGAGUUGAGGAGGUAACCACGGAUAGCAAGGCCGGCAAAGUGGUGGUGAAAGGAAAAGCAGCAGACCCCAUAAAGGUUUGCGAAAGACUACAAAAGAAAAGUGGCAAAAAGCUGGUUGAGAUAAUUUCACCUUUGCCAAAACCCUCUGAAGAGACAAAAGAAGAAAAAAUAGAAGAGAUCAAAAAAGAAGAACAGCCUCCUGCUGUUAUUACUGUUGUUCUAAAAGUUCGAAUGCAUUGCGAAGCUUGUGCUCAAGUUUUACAGAAGCAAAUCCGAAAAAUACAAGGUGUUGAAUCAGUGGAAACAGACCUAGCCAAUGACCAAGUAAUAGUUAAAGGAGUAGUGGAACCAACAAGGCUGGUUGACUAUGUGUACAAGAGAACCAAAAAGCAAGCUUCCAUAGUGAAGGAUGAAGAGAAGAAAGAAGAGGAAAAGAAGGAAGAUAAAAAAGAAGAGAAGAAAGAUGCUGAGGAAGAAGGCAAGGGAGAGGAUGAUAUGAAGAUCAGUACUGAUAUCAAGCGAAGCGAAUAUUGGCCAACAUCCAAGUACUUGUCGGAGUAUUAUGCAUAUCCUGCUCAGAUAUUCAGCGAUGACAACCCCAAUGCUUGCUCAAUCAUGUAAAUUUAACACAUGGUGUGCCUAUUGUUGUAGUUCCUGAACAGCUGUCUAUGCAAUGUUCUACCUGUACUUAGAUAAAAUAAUAAGAGAGAACUUUUCCUGUUUUUAGAUAAAAUAAUUGUGUCCUGUUUUUUGCUCUUGAGGUAUGAAAUAUGUGCCUAAUUGACUGUAAUGAGCAACGGUGAUCUGAGUUUUUGUAUCAACUAAUUUAGCAGAUAAAGUUGUGAGUAUUGCAUUCCAA